AUGAAGAUAUUAAAUGGUAAGUUAACUUUGUUUUUACUAGACGAAAUUGCGAACAUUUAACGUGGUUUCGUUUUAAGUUACCAUAAAUUCAAAACAAAUUAAAUUAAUUUUUUUCGAUAAGUGUUUUCAGUUGUAUAUUGUAGUCAAAUUUUUUAAUAGAAUGGUUUGCAGGCCAGACAAAAUUCAAAACAGUUAUACAAGAGAUGGAGAAAGAAGAGUUAAAUGAAAGUCUCACAAUGUUUUACGCUGCUGUCAAGCGAGAGGAUGGCACAGAGUUCAAAGUUUUGUCUCUUAAAGCGAUCCGGGUAGCUGUCAACCGAUACUUAAGACAACCUCCCAACAACAAGCCAUGGUCGAUAGUCAGCGACUCAGCCUUCCAAAAAUCUAACAAAGUCCUCAACGCUUUUUGCAAACAAAUGAUGCAGGAGGGUAAAGUUGGGCCGACCCUUCAUAAAAAUCCUAUUACGAGCGAACAACUGCAACAGCUUAACGGUAAAGGGCAACUCGGCGAGUGGGAUACCUUGGAUCCGUCUCAAAUCCUCCGUACUGAAUUGUUUUACAUAACCCUUUAUUUUGAUAAAAAAGGGAAUGAAAUUCACAGAAAACUUACCUCAGAUAUGUUGGUUCUUCAGAGUACACCUCAAGGGGGACGUUACUAUGAGUUUCGAAGCCCCUUUUUGUCCAAAAAUCAUCAAGCAGAUAACCCCGACGAGUCA